UCAUACAUGCCAAACAUGUUCACAUAACUUUUUUGUGAUAACUCGAAACUGUCACGGACACAAACCAAAACCAGACAGUCAGCUGAAGACCAACUUCUCUCCCGAUUGCAUCUAAAUUUUGGAAAUCGCUUUCAUCAGAGAUAAGGAAUGCCAGUAGCAAACACAUUUUCAACAAGGAACUUAAAUUAUAUUUUACAACCACGCUUUGAUUUUUCAUUGAUCUAUUUAUUUAAGUAGUUUCAAGUAUUUUUUUAAGCAGUGCAAAUAGUUUCACAGUAAUUUAUUGUUUCUUAUUUUUGUCUUUUCUAUUUAUUUCCUUUUUUCUUAAUCUUACAGUUUGCUCUUUACUAUGAAAAAUAAAAAAAUGUCCCCUUACACUCUCUAAAAAUCGCAUCUGAAGAGCAUAGGAGUCAUAGCUGGAUAGCUCUCCCGGGUUAAUUCUAUGACUUACUCAUCAAAAUAAUUUACAUCUGAUUAGUUAAUUACUCAACUAUUCUAUUAAUCAAAUCAACACGGUUUUCUUUAAAAACAAAUUUUGGCGGUACAAAAUUUUAAAAUGGAUUUGAAAAAAGCUAAAAUUUCACAACAUGCUGAAAAAGGUUUAUCAGAAUAAGAGUCCGAAAGCACAAUAUAGAAAAUACAAAGUUUCAAAUUUAUUUUUAUAAAUGUAGUCAGGGACGCCGGAGAAGGGAGGGGCGCGGUGGGUCAACCACCCCUGCUGCCUUUUGAUAGGAGUGCCGAGAGGAGCCAGAGUGCCCUUUUUCAUUAAAGUGCCCUUGAAACCGGCCAUUUGUAAUAAUAAGAGAGAUUCAAACGAAAUUCUGGUUAUAUUCCCUUUUUCAUGACAAAAUUUCUCAAAACCUUAGUUCCUUUUGCCAAAAAAGGAGUUAGUAGAAGGAAUUUGUAGAAGCUGGGAAUUAUCUUUCAAAUUCCCUUUUAACCAAGCCUGCCCCGUUGCCCCUUUGUCGUUCCGGCGUUCCUGAAUGUAGUGCUUUUUUACUUGUCACAUUAACCUUUUACACUGUGUAACAUUUUCUAAUCUUGAUAUAUUGAAUAAUAUGCUUUGAGAGUUUGCGCUUCAGUUUGUGUUAUUAAAUUUUAAGUCACGAGUGGAACAGAAAACGCCAAUUGACACUUCUGGUUAUAGUUAUUCUGUGGUUGGGGCAAAUAUCUUUCCUUAGCGUCACCACUGGAAACAAACCAAGCCCAAAAGCAAAUCAUUUAUGGUACUUUAAUUUUUUACCGGUAUAUCAAUUGCCGGAAUGGUUUUAUAAUAAUUGAUAGUUCUUUACAUAUACAAAUAAAGCAAUUAUUUCACCUGUCAAUAAAUACUGCAGCGCUAAGGUAACAACUACCACAUACAUUCAAAAGGUUUAAUAUUCCAUACGCUUGUUUAAUGUUGGUUAAGAUCCUGAAAAUGAGAAACUGGUGCUAUCAAUUCAUACUGAAUGAUUAUCAUACAGAAGUCAACCCACAUUCUUAAUGGUCACCAACGUAAUUCUAUGCGUUUGUUUAUUUUCAUGAAUUUCCCUUACCAGCAACAGCAUCAGUAAAUUGUGAUGUCACAGUGAACAGUCAUGGCCAAGAACAGCACAGCUUUAUCUCAACUUUUUGCUGUAUUUCUCAUUUCCAAUACUAUCUACCGCGUCAUUGGUAAUGUGUAUCGAUCAGAAUGCCGGAGAGAUGCACUUUUGGUUGCAACAGACAGAGACAAGGUUGUUUCUCAAACUGUUGGUGGUGUUUUGCAAACAAUUAAAAACAUCAGAUUACCUCUUUGUGCAAAGCAAUGUACUGGAAACAACCAGUGUCAAUCGCUGAAUUUCAAGAAGGCUGCAACAAGUGAAUGUGAAAUUUUAAGCUUUAACAAAACCUCUGCUGGAGCUGUAAUAGAGAAUAAGCCGGGCUGGAUUCACUACGAACCAAUCAACCAGACUGGCCCAAGAUGCCGCCUCGUAGAUUGUGAGCCUGGCUAUCAGUGCGUUGAGAGGUGCAGUAUAUUAUCUGGGUACGAGUGCAUAGAUAUCGAUGAGUGCCAAAGUGGACCAUGCCAGAAUGGUGGAGCUUGCAGUAACUUGGUGAACAAGUACACUUGUACUUGUGUGCCUGGGUACACUGGUAUAAAUUGUGAAACCGAUAUCAACGAGUGCCAAAGUGUACCGUGUCAGAAUGAUGGAACUUGUUAUAACUUGGUGAAUAAGUACAAUUGCUCCUGUGUGCCAGGGUAUACUGGUUUAAAUUGUGAAACCGAUAUCAACGAGUGCCAAAGCUCGCCUUGCCAAAAUGGUGGCACUUGCACCAAUCUGGUCAACAAGUACAGUUGCUCCUGCGCAGCGGGUUAUGUAGGUACAAACUGCGAAAUCGACGUCAAUGAAUGCGGCAGCUCUCCAUGCCAAAACGGAGGAACAUGCAACAACCUGGUGAAUCAAUACACGUGCACAUGUACCGCUGAAUACACUGGGACCAACUGCGAAACACUAAGUACAGAGUGUAAUUCAUAUACAACCUUGACUAGUGCUGAUAGGAAUAUAAAUUACAUUGACGGUACAACUUCUUGUGACAGUAGCCUAACACUGGGAUGGUACCGUUUUAUGGGAUCAGCAGGGAACAUGAUGUACACAAGUUGUCCGCCAGGUUAUGGAACUGAUUACAGGUGUCAAACACACGGUGGAGGCUGGCUGAAUGGGGCUCAUCCCUCAACCAGUGAAGGAAUAGUAGAGAGAACAGUUUGUUUUGCAUGGUCAGGUUGUUGCGGUUUGUCUAAUGUGAUAAGAGUAAAAAAUUGUGGAAGCUACUACGUUUAUGAGCUUAAGCCUACAACUUCAUGCAGCUAUCGCUAUUGCGUUAUUCACAAAAGCUACUUGUGCAUUGAUACCGCCUUUGUAAAUUAUUACACACGGCAUUUGUUUACUUCGAUCCCAAAAAGAGCAGACAUGGACAAGAACAGCACAGUUUUAUCUCAACUUUUUGCUGUAUUUCUCAUUUCCAAUGCCAUCUACCGCGUCAUUGGUAAUGUGUAUCGAUCAGAAUGCCGGAGAGAUGCACUUUUCAUUGCAACAGACAGAGACAAGGUUGUUUCUCAAACUGUUGGUGGUGUUUUGCAAACAAUUAAAAACAUCAGAUUACCUAUUUGCGCAAAGCAAUGUACUGGAAACAACCAGUGUCAAUCGCUGAAUUUCAAGAAGGCUGCAACAAGUGAAUGUGAAAUUUUAAGCUUUAACAAAACCACUGCUGGAGCUGUAAUAGAGAACAAGCCGGGCUGGAUUCACUACGAACCAAUCAACCAGACAGGCCCAAGAUGCCGCCUCGUAGAUUGUGAUCCUGGCUAUCAAUGCGUUGAGAGAUGCAGCAGAUUGUCUGGGUACGAGUGCAUAGAUAUCAAUGAGUGCCAAAGUAAUCCGUGCCAGAAUGGUGGAACUUGCAAUAACUUGUUGAAUAAGUACACUUGUACCUGUGUGCCAGGGUACACUGGUAUAAAUUGUGAAAGCGAUAUCAAUGAGUGCCAAAGUGGACCGUGCAGGAAUGGUGGAACUUGCAAUAAUCUGGUUAACAAGUACACUUGCUCCUGUGCGCCAGGGUACAUUGGUAUCAAUUGUGAAAACGAUAUCAACGAGUGCCAAAGCUCGCCUUGCCAAUAUGGUGGAACUUGCAGUAAUUUGGUAAACAAGUACAGUUGCUCCUGCGCAGCAGGUUACAUAGGUACAAACUGCGAAAGCGACUACAACGAAUGCAGCAGCUCUCCGUGCCAAAAUGGAGGAACGUGCAACAACCUGGUGAACCAAUACUCCUGCACAUGUACCUCCAGGUAUAGUGGAACCAACUGCCAAACAUCAAAUACAGGAUGUGGUUCAUAUGCUCCAAUGAGUGAUCCUGAUAGGAAUAUAAAUUUCAUUGAUGGUUCUGUUACUUGUGACAGUAGCCUAACACUGGGAUGGUACCGUUUUACGGGAGCAGCAGGCACCAUGAUGUACACAAGUUGCCCAGAAGGUUAUGGAGUGAAAUUCAGGUGUAAGACACACGCUGGUAGCUGGCUGAAUGGGCCACUUCCCUCAACCAGUGAUGGGAUAGUGGAUAGAAAAGUUUGUUUUGCGUGGUCGUCAAACUGUUGUUAUUUUUCUACAAUGAUAAAAGUAGAAAAUUGUGGAGGCUUCUACAUUUAUCAGCUGAAGGCUCCUCCUGGAUGUAGCCUUCGCUAUUGCGGCUACAUUCACAAAAGCUACUUGUGCAUUGAUACCGCCUUUGUAAAUUAUUACACACGGCAUUUGUUUACUUCGAUCCCAAAAAGAGCAGACAUGGACAAGAACAGCACAGUUUUAUCUCAACUUUUUGCUGUAUUUCUCAUUUCCAAUGCCAUCUACCGCGUCAUUGGUAAUGUGUAUCGAUCAGAAUGCCGGAGAGAUGCACUUUUCAUUGCAACAGACAGAGACAAGGUUGUUUCUCAAACUGUUGGUGGUGUUUUGCAAACAAUUAAAAACAUCAGAUUACCUCUUUGUGCAAAGCAAUGUACUGGAAACAACCAGUGUCAAUCGUUGAAUUUCAAGAAGGAUGCAAUAAGUGAAUGUGAAAUUUUAAGCUUUAACAAAACCACUGCUGGAGCUGUAAUAGAGAACAAGCCGGGCUGGAUUCACUACGAACCAAUCAACCAGACAGGCCCAAGAUGCCGCCUUGUAGUAUGUGAUCCUGGCUAUCAAUGUGUUGAGAAAUGCAGCAUAUUAUCUGGGUACGAGUGCAUAGAUAUCAACGAGUGCCAAAGUGGACCAUGCCAAAAUGGUGGAACUUGCAAUAACUUGGUGAAUAGGUACAGUUGCUCCUGUGUGCCAGGGUACAAUGGUAUGAAUUGUGAAAACGAUAUCGAUGAGUGCAAAAGUAAUCCGUGUCAGAAUAGCGGAACGUGCAGUAACUUGGUGAAUAAGUACACUUGUACCUGUGUGCCAGGGUACACUGGCAUAAAUUGUGAAAGUGAUAUCAACGAGUGCCAAAGUGGACCGUGCCAAAAUGGUGGAGCUUGCAAUAACUUGGUGAAUAAGUACACUUGCUCCUGUGUGCCAGGGUACGCUGGUAUAAAUUGUGAAACCGAUAUCAACGAAUGCCAAAGCUCGCCUUGCCAAAAUGGUGGAACUUGCACCAAUCUGGUCAACAAGUACAGUUGCUCCUGCGCAGCAGGUUAUGUAGGUACAUCCUGUGAAAGCGACUACAAUGAAUGCAGCAGCUCUCCGUGCCAAAACAGUGGAACAUGUAACAACUUGGUGAACCAAUAUUCGUGCACAUGUGCCCUUGGGUAUAGUGGAACCAACUGCCAAACACAAAAUUCAGAUUGUGGUUCUUAUACAACCUUGACUGGUGGUGAUAGGCACGUAAACUUCAUUGACGGUUCUGUUGCUUGUGACAGUAGCCUAACACUGGGAUGGUACCGUUUCAUGGGAGCAGCAGGCACCACGAUGUAUACAAGUUGCCCAGAAGGUUAUGGAGUGAAAUUCAGGUGUAAGACACACGCUGGUGGCUGGCUGAGUGGGUCACAUCCUUCAACCAGUGACGGGAUUGUGGAUAGGACAGUUUGUUUUGCGUGGUCGACAACUUGUUGCUAUGGUUCUAUUGCCAUAAAAGUAAAAAACUGUGGAGGCUUUUAUAUUUAUCAGCUGAAGCCUACUCCAUGCAGCUUUCGCUAUUGUGGCUACUAAACGCCUACCCGUGACACUAUUGGCUGUAGUUAUUCUAUAUUCACUGAUCAUUUUAAUUUUGCAUAUAUUUAUUGGUCAGAGGCGGGAACAAUGUACAUCAUCUACAGGAACUACUUAACAAUAGCACAUAGUUGGUUUUUGCUUUCUAAAUCAACUGAAGAAUAUUCUCCAAAAGUAAGACCGCAAAUUUGAUUGAAUAACCCAACGGUAAAGAAUUAAAAAGCAACAGUCAUAAAUUGUCUAUGCGUCUUUUAGCUAAAAUUUAAAUUAUCGAAACUUCAUUGUUAAAAUCUUACAAUAUCACACACCAACAAAUGUCAAUAUCCCUUAAAUCCCUUGGUGAUCAAAUUUAGCUUCUUCUUGCUUAUUCAAGUAUAUGGUUGAUUCAUAUAAGGCAACUGAACAAAAUAAACGAAUUAAAAAAAUCUGACCCUGCAUAUAUAACUUAAGGUUCUUAUUUUAGUUAAUAAUGAAGAAUAUUCUCCAAAUAAACCCCCAAACCAUUAUCAUUCAUUUAAUUCUAAUAUACAUCAUAUUAAAACCUCCAAAUUUGAAAGAUUUCUCUUAAAUAAACAGCAUUAUUGAUAGGAGGUUCAAAAAGAGUCAAGUAACUAAGAUUACUUGUCAAAAAUCUUUGUAAUAUUUACUUUUUCUUUAGUGAACUGCGAAAUAUAAACAUUCAUGUCACAAUGCAGUAAAGAACUUGCAAAACACAUUCAAUGGCAUUUCUUUCUAUUCAUUCUUCUUAAUAUUAUUUCAAAUUUUUCAAUAAAUGUAUUUACAUGUAAUAGUGGUCAUUAAUGCUUACUCCUACCUCCAAGUAAAACUUUGAAACUUUCGUUUAAACUAGUGGCUGCUAAUCACAAUAAAUACAUAAUGGUGUGUUUAUAUCACAGAUGAACAGAUAAAUAUAGAUAUAGAUUUUAAUGAAUGUAGAUAAAAUUUAUCUAACUGGUAGCAACUAGCAAUCUAUAAGAAAAAGUAAUAACAAUCUAAAGAAAUAACAAUCUACAGGAAUAAAAGAUCCUUUCAUAUCGAAGCAUAUGCGAGAAUUGGAAAAAUGAUGGACCUGCUGCAAGUCUCUUGCUCCUAAAUAGAGAGUCCAGACAAAUAACUAAGCAAUGACAACAAUAACGUCUUAAAUAAUUUGGUUUAUUUGGUCAUUAUGUGAAAAGAAAAGUCAAAUCAAUGGUAUUGAUUUCGAUUCAUGCCGACAAAGCAUUCAUAAUUGAAUAUGUCAUGUUUAUGCUCCGUCAUAGCCUUGACAAUUUUGGCUUGUGCAGUCUGGAGAGAGAUAUCAGAGUGUUUCUGAUCCCUCGACAUACAUCGCCAGAGAGGGGCGGUCUGGUGUCAAAAUCGCAGGGUGGCUAGCAAACUCAAAGGGCCCGGUUAAGGGCAUGGCGGAAAAAGUUUGACCGCACCCACUGAAAAAGUAACCUUAAAAUAGGGUUAAUUCAAUAAAAAUUGAUGAUAAACCAAUGUGAUAAACAGCAGCAGCAUAUCGAUUUUAAUGCGUAAAUUCUGACCCAAUUGAAUCCACACCUUUCCUCUCGUGUAAAAAGACCUUAAAAUCUCAUGUAGAGUUAAAAAUCAAGAAAAAAAGUGUCAUCACGCAUUUAUACGCAUUGUAGAGUGAAGAGUAUGCUGCUAAGUGCAUGUUGUACACUCUCUUUUAUAAGAACCAGUAAAUUUAAGUUCAGGCUGACUGUUCUUACUUUUUGCAAAUUUAUCUUAACUUUAGGCUGGAUUGUUCUUAAUUUGUUCUAAAACUUAUAGCGUGUCAGCAGUGCGAUGGCCAGCUUUUCCACUCUAGGGUAGUGUUCAGGCAUCAUUUGCCAACAAGUUGGUGAGAAAACCUUCAUUUGACGACAAGUUUGAAUAUUCACGAAAAAGCACCCACACAUGGCUAAAAGUUCUCGUUUUUGGUUUGAGAUAAAUCGUUGUUCAAAAUUGCAUUUUACAGAAGCAUAGUCUCAGCUUCUUCUUAAUUUUGUUGUUCUUAUUUUUUGAACAAUUUUGGGGCUCUGUUCUUAUAAAAUUGUUCUUAUAAAAAAAGGGUGUAAAAAUUUAAUACUGCUAAAAUUACCGUAGUUGAAUUAAAAAAAAUUCCGAAAAGAAGAUUGAAGCAUGCCGAAUCCAAUUCUGAGGUUGUCUUAAGAUAUCAGUCCAUAUUUUUGAGAUAUUAACGUUUCCCGAUUUGACCCCGACUUCUCUAUUCGACCCCGUUGCCUAUUUGACCUCGAGCACUGCCAAUAUGGUUGGCAAACCAUGGUGACGCUAGAACAAGUUGUGUUCGUUACCACAGAUUUAUUUAUAGCAACAGGUUGUCAAAUGGUUUUGCAAUAGAGUUAAAACUGAGUGCAAACUUGUAAGUAUUUUAAAGCCAAGGAAACCGCCGGUCUGUUUCUAGAUAUUCAAAACCGCUGCGAUUGACCUUCAGGAAUCUUCCACACUCAUUAAGGCCCCGUU